GACGGUCGUGCGACCGCUCGACUUAGGGCCGUUGUGUUAGCGACGUAUAACGACCUGAAUCAACGAGGACUAACUGAUCCAACGGCUGAGAUCAAAUCAAUUUCAUAUAGUCGACCUGUUCAAUCCCCUUCCCCUUUCUCUUCCCUUCCCCAAAACCUAAACCUUACACCCAAUUUUCUCCGCAAGAUCGCUUCUCAUUCGAGGUUUCUGCACUCCUUUAGGUUAAUCUGGUUGGUCCGGUCUCGGUGCGGAUGGUUGUGAUGGAGGAUCUGAUACGGUCGAUCGAGUUGUGGUUGAGAUUGACGAAGAAGCAGCAGCCGCUUGUGGACCCUAAUCUUGAUCCCGUGCUGCUGGUUCCCGGGAUCGCGGAGUCGAUACUGACCGCCGAUGAUAAUGGGAAGGUGGAGCGGAUGUGGGUGCGGAUUAUUAUUGGCGCCGAUCAUGAGUUUCGGGCGAAUGUCUGGUCGGAAUUUGAUCCUUCUACCGGACUCGAUGGCUGUCGGUGGGAGCCUCCUCCAAGAGGUGGCAUCCCUUAAGGAGCGGUACAAUGCAAUUGUCACAUAGUCUCUAGUCGAGUAGGAGCUAGCCCAACGCCAUACCAGGGUUGGCGAAGUGGAGUGUGAGCUCGAGGCCAAGACUACCAUCUUGCGACAGCGAGAGGAGAUAGCACAGAAGGCGACUGAGGUAGCAAAGGCAACAGCAACUUAGGAGUACCAUCGAACCCUAGACGCCGAGGCUGAGGUGGAGCACCUUGGGCAGGAGAACUUCACUUUGAAGAUGGAAGUCGGCAACCUCUACCAUGCAAUUGAUGCCAUGGCUCAGCAAUUGGAGGAGGUGGACGAUCGAGAAGCAAAGAUCAAAGUAUGUGGGGUAGAGAAGUAUAAGGCUUCUUAGGGCUUCAAGAAGGGAUUAUCAAGGUUGGGGCAUAACUCCUUUGCCUUCAGCUAUGAACUUGUGAUCUCUAAAGUCAAGUAUGACCACCCUGACAUCAAGUUCCCCGAGGACCCGACUGAUAAGUGCCCCACUAAUGGUGAAGUCAUCAUGAUCAGCUCAAGCGACAUCGACGACCAAAGAAAGAGAACCAUCUACGCAGAGGGAGAAGUUAUUGAGUAAUUUUGUUGUUGACUAAUUUAUGUUCUAACAUCAUGUCAUGGAGCCAUGUAUUUCUAUUUUGUUUCUUGAUCCUACUUAUUGGGCCAGGGCAACUUGACACACUUGAAUUAGCAUUAUAAAAAAAAUAGAUUGUAAACAUCUU